GCCGCCUCGGCAGCCUCACGCCUGGACCCAGCCCAGCUCUCACCGCUGACAUGGAAAGACCCACCGCCAGUGACAUGAUGCCCAAAAGGGAUCAUGAGAGGGACUUGGAGCUGGACAAGAAGAUAGAGGCACUCCGCAGGAAGAAUGAAGCACUCAUGAAGAGGUACAAGGAGGUGGAGGAGGACAAGAAAAGGGCAGAAGAGGACGGAAUGGCUCUGCAGAGCCGCAAGGGCAAAGCUGAUGACCUUAGUAUCACAAUCAGCAAGUCCACCAGUGACAGUCGAGUGGUGGUGACUAAGUCAUUCAGCGGUGGUUCACCAGCUGGGAAAGGACAGCAGGAGGCUGGGCCUGACCAAGGGGGAGAGGGUCCUCCACCAGGCAUUGGCAGAGGCCACAAGAAGCAGCUGAUGGUCACCAUGGCUGGCAAAAAGGGUAAGAGGGUGGUGAGUGAGAGGCCUGAGAAGAGGCCGGGCACGGCAGAUGUCAAGAGCCCUGCUGAUGAGGGACAGACGAGGCGCGUGGAGUCAUCUGGGAGGGGGAAGAAGCCUCCUCACACAACCAAGAAAGACACAGCAGCUCAGGAUGAGGUUAAACAAGGACAGAAGCAGACCGAGGAGCACCACUGGCUUUCAGAGCAUUGCGAGGAGCCUGAGAGCCCGCAGGCCAGCACAGACCUCAACAUCCCCACGUCGAGAGAGGAGCAGGAGGAGUACCUGCGGUGGAAAAAAGAGCGCGAGCAGAUCGACAGGGAGAGAGUGGCGCGUCACAAGAACGCCAAGGGCCAGUGGAGGCGGGCGUGGGACAUGGACAAAACUGACAACAUGUUCUCAGACAAAUCUGCCCCAGACAGAGAGUGGGGACCUCCCAGCAGAGUAUUUCCAGGUGGACGAAAUGCCAGAAGAGGACAGCCCAGGUCAAGUGCUGACUCAAGAGGUCAUGAGAAGCGAGGAAAAGACAAGGGAGCUAAAAACGUGUUAGUGAUGAGCAGUAAAGCAAAAGGCAAAGAUCGUCUGACUGGGAGAGCCAGGAGGUGGCAAGCAAAUGAAGAAGGAGAUAACCAACUGUCCUCUGACACAACAUUGGAGGAAUUCCUGGAGGAGCUUGACGCUCUUACAGAUGCAGAGGCGGAAGAUCAGAAAGAUCAGGACUCAAAAAUUAAGUUAUCACCCAGCCCAGAUUCUCUAAAUACAUCUGAGGAAGUGAGUGGAUCCACAGAUUCUGUGUCAGCUGCUAGCUCAAGAAAGGACACCCCCACUCAGGGGAAGACAGAUGCCCCGUCCCCUCGGGGUUCGGAGAAAAAAGUACGCUUCUCAGAGGACCUAAUCCAGGGCGCUCAUACAAGACAAAUCACAAGCUCUCAAGAGACUGCCAGCCCAGCAUCAAGUCCAAGCUCCUUAAAAGCUUCCACACCUAACGAAAUGAAGUGUGAGGUGCAGGGGCCACAGCAGCCUCUUGAAAGUGCCAAGGAGGAUUGUUGUAGUCCUCAGGAUCAGGGAGAUGGUCCUUUUACUCCUGUUGCCCAGCAGCAGGCUUCUGAAUCUGAAUGUACUAAAAAAGACAGCACCCACCCCACUGCUCCCAGCUCCCCCCCUGUGGAGAAAGCCUGUGCCUCUCUACAGGAGAACUCUGUCCAGCCUGUAGAGCUUGCCAAGUGCAACAUUAGCAACACAAACACAGAGGAACUAAUAGACUCAGGUCUAUCUGUCCUGAGCCUGGAGUCAGGAGAAACACACCCAGCACACUCCACCAGCAGUGACAAGGCAAGAGAGCAUGGGAAGAUUGUUUGA